UUAUUUUAGAGAGAUGUUUUCCUAGAAAUCUCUUCCAUUUUGGAUUGAAUUUCAAGAUUUGUUAAAAUUCCUACACCCCCUCGGGUCAAUCAUCAACCCAUUUACCUAAAAUUACGGCCCAUACACGUUGGGCCCACUAUUCUCUCCCUUUCUGAUUGCAUGAACCUCAAAGCAAGAAUCUGUUGAUACAAUUCCCCUCUUCUCGAAGCAUUUGACGAUUCCUUAAUUAAUUUAUUGUUUAAUAAUUGUGUUAUGUUCCAUGUAAUUGUUUAUGACAUGCCAUGGAUUUCCAGAAAAACAGGGUUCGGUUUCUUGUAAUUGUCUCUGCCAUCAUUGUUCUUAGCAUCACAGCUGAAAAAUGCAGGGAGCUUGUUGGCGAGAAAGCGUCAUCCAAAAGUGGAGAGUUUACAUUCUUAAAUUGCUUUGAUUUGGGCUCUGGAACUUUAGCAUGUGGAGUCAAGGAAAGUGUGAAGCUCUAUGUCAACAAUAUCAGAUCCGCUCAUGUUGAAGGAGCAAGGCACGACGCAAUCCGGUCUGCUCUUGUUGAUGCGGCUUCGCAGGGUAUGUCACCGGCUCAUUCAGAAAAAUAUGCUCAGAAAGAAGGUAAAAAAGCGGCAAAAUUGGCCACGCGUAAGGCCAACCGGAUCAUAGGUCCCAUCAUCUCUUCGGGAUGGGACUUUUUCGAAGCUGUUUACCAUGGUGGUACCUUUACCGAGGGAUUCCUCAGGGGAACCGGUACUUUGUUUGGAACAUAUAGCGGAGGAUUCGCGGGAGAGCAAAGAAUUGGACGAUUUGGUUAUCUUGUUGGAAGUCAAUUGGGAAGUUGGGUUGGUGGUAGAAUAGGGCUCAUGCUAUAUGAUGUGGCUAAUGGAGUGCAUUAUAUGUUUCAGUUUGUUCAAGCAGAUUAGUGAAAUUCAAGAAACAUAAGCACGCCAUCGAGGAAAUUCUGAAACAACUCGAAGUUCGUUUCUUUUCCACGAAGUUUCUGUUCAUUGCUCUAGAGGUUUUGUUGUUUAUAGAUUAUGAAUCUGUCUAUUAUAGGUAAGAAAACAUGUGAAGAUUAUGAACUGAUAUGAAAUAUACAAAAGUUUAUACCA